UGUAGAAUCCCUGAAAGCUGUUCUGGGGUGCCCUGACAUCCUGGAACAGAGUGAUCUCCAGCAGUGUUUCCUCCUACUGCACACUAAAAAAAGCAUUCUUGGACUGUCCAUCUCCCUAGCUGAGAAAAAUAUUCCGGAAAUGCUGGAAAAGAAGGAGCAGGUUGUGCCUCAGCACUGGGCUUGUUCCCACAGAGCAGACACAGGGACAAGAUUUUAAUUGUGUGGGAAAACUUCAGGUGAGGCAAGAACACCUGUAGAGGUGGAACCCUGAGAAUGGAGGAAAUAAGAGUUUAUUCUGGAUUUUUGGGCAUGGAAAGGAACAAGCGGGCAGGUCACAGCAUGGAGAUGAAGCCAGAGGCACGUGUCGCCUGCCAGGUGAUGCUGGCUGUGCUUUUCACAGCUCUCUUCAUCACAGCCAUCGCUUUUGCAGUGCAAGCUUUUCAGCCUCAUGCCCAGCCUUGUCUUCAGUGCCCCUUUGACUGGAUCAGGUACAGAGGAAAAUGCUACUAUUUUUCUGAGGCUGAGGGGAACUGGACAUCUGGCCAGGAGAACUGCUCGGCACUUGGUGCUUCCUUGGCCAUGCUGGAUAGCACAGAGGACUUGAGCUUUGUGAUGAGAUACAAAGGCAUCUCAGAGCAUUGGAUUGGCCUUUUGCGGGAGAAUGAGGAGCAGCCAUGGCAAUGGGUGAACAGCUCACCUCUAUCCCACCUGUUUCAGAUCCGUGGUGGUGGGCUCUGUGCUUACCUAGAUGACAAUGGGCUCAGCUCCUCCCACUGCAGCACUGAGAGGAGCUGGAUUUGUAAUAAACAUGAGCUGCAGAGCCCAGGCAAGGGCAACAGGAUGAGACGGCCUCCAAACCUCUGUGUCAGCUCCUUGGGCGCUGCAGGGAGGCCUUCUCACUCCCAGAUUUCUGGUGCGCCAUAGAGAUAUGAAAGAAAAUCUCAAAAAGAUUUUGAAAUCCCUAGGCAAGGGGUUAUUGGGGUUUCCAGGGGCCAACAAGGUGUUUUUGGGACAAGGCAGCCUUUGGGGAUCCACAUGAGAUAGUUCUUGAGAAUCUGGGGGGGGUGGGGGGGGGGGGGCAGGGCAGCUCUGGGGGCUCUUUUUGGGUUUGGGGCAACUUGGCCAUGGCCCAAAUGCAGAUGCCUUCUACUUCUUAGAGAAAAAGAAAUUUAUUCUGUUUGGAGCAUAUCUACAUGCUAAGUACUUGGAAAUACAUCUUAAACAAGGGGAACAGCAGAGGAAAAGAGUGGGGGCAGUGGAUGUGAGCACAUCCUUGUGAUAACAAAAUCAGUUUUAAUAUGAGGAAUAGCUGCUGGUAUUAAUAAAAAUUCUGCAAAAAUCAGGAUUUUUAAUUUGUGCUGAAAGCCCAGCCAAUCAUAGGCACUGAGGUCAGCAAAAGGAACCACCAGAGGAAGCUGUAUUUGGGAGAAAAAAUGAAGUUUUUAGCUCAAAACAAGCUCAGGGAAGUCCAGCUCCUGUUAACGAGCUUUGUAUGAAUUUAACAACUUAAGAUGAGCCGUGCUGAGCUCAGACCCAAAACCCCCGGGCACAACCCAAACCAGACAUCUAAGAUGAAGGACAAUGAACUGAGUUAGAAAUGACUCCAAGACUUGGAAAAUAAGAGUUGAGGAGCAUCAACCAGCAUUUCCAACCACUGUGAUGCAACCAGCUUUCGGGAGGAUCCUUCCAGGGCAUCAGCCCUUGGGGGACAAUUUAAUGGUUGAGAGGAGAACGCAAAAGUAGGGGAAGACCCUCUCCCCACUGAAGGAGGCCACAGGAAAAGUGAAGAUGCGCUGGCGGCUGCUGACAGCGUAGAAAGAGACCUGUCCCACCUCAUAGUCCAGGUAGACCCCAAUCUCCCCAUUGAGGAGUGGGACAGAGGUGUUGGAUGGAGCGGUAAGGGCAACGCAGAGCUCAUCAUACUUCUGCAAGCCCCAGAUUUCAGUGUUGGGCUUGAAGAGGACCCGGCCUUUCCUCUGCACUGACUCGCGGGCCACCCCCACGGCCCAGAAGCGCCCAUUGGCCUCCACCUCCCAGUAGUGACGGCCCGAGGUGAAGCCCUCGCUGCCCAACAUGCACGGGUCUGUGUCGAACCGGCCCGGACCCUCGGGCCACUGGCAGCGAGGUCUACCCCAGGUGGCUUCUUUGAGGUCCUCAGAGAGGAUCACCUCCGGACCCACUGUGGCUGGAUCCAGGGUUACAUCCACUGAAAAACCAAACAGACAAUGAAUCAGAAGCCGAGUUUAAGCCCAGAGAACACACACCCCCAAAGUGCCUUCACUGGAGACUUUUCAAAGAGAAAGGGAGAGGAAAGGUGAGGCUGGAGAUGUAAGUGUGAAGAGGUGGAAGUUGGAGAUGGAGGACAUAUCUUCAGUUGAGCCUAGAGAUGGAAGAGCAAAGAGGUGGAGGUUGGAGAUGGAGGCCCUAGGGAGACAGAAGUGGAGCUGGAGAACCUCCAACCCCAUUGAACAUCUCAGCCCAGAAAACACAAGGAAUGGGUACUUUGCUCCUUUCUAGCUGCCUCUGAUUACCUUCAAACUGUUUGGCGGUGUGGUAGUCCAGGGCAAGGUCCCACGUGCAUGGUCGUGGUUUGAGAAAGAAAGCCAUUGCCCCCUCAGAGUCCUCUCUUCCUGACUGGAGGCACAGAACAAGGAAAGAAAGGAUAAAAUCCAAUUAUUAUCCUUCAUCGCUAUCUCAGCUUCUGCCCCUAUGUAAAUAAAUGUGUUUAACCACUACAUUUAAUCAAAGUACUUAAAGAAAAUAGCAUUCUUUUUUCUUGCAUCAGAGCUUGGUUCAUUUAUGGGAAGACCCUUGGAGAUGGAUUAAAUCAAUUAAUUCCCUAAUGACUAUGAAGGGAACAUGAGUAGCACAUGUGAUGAACCCAUCUCCAUUGUAGAUGUUAUUAUACCCCCAAAUCUCCAUUCCUCAUGCUGGCUGAAGGCUGAAUCUAUCCAUCUUAAAUCCAUCUCUGCCUCCACCAUUCAUCAAUCAAACCUGACAAAGUUUAUUUGAGCAAGGAAACUCCCUAAAAUUGAGAUAAGCCACAUUCACCUCUCACGUCCAGAGAAAUCUUGUGAGAGGAGAAGUUUGCUAUUGACCUUGGAGAAAAUGUGUAUGGGGGAGAUAAGAGCUGGCACCAAAUGGCCUCAAAUUCAUCCUCUGGAAGUCAGUGUGGGGUUUUGCACGCAAACAAGGGAUUGCCCGUGCUAAAGGGCCCUGGGCAUGAGUAAUACAGCCCUAAAAUGAUUGAAUAAACCAUGUUUGCAUUUCAAACCAA